AUGAGUGACGCUGAGCAGCGCAAACUGCUGGUACCCCGUCGAGAAGCUCGCAAUAAUGAUCCGCACCAUUAUCAGAAGUCUAACGUUAACGAACAGAGCGGCAGAAGAACGGAUUUCUCCAACGCCUCAGCGAUAGGGGAUAUCACAGAGUCUGAUGAUGAGACUGAGGUGGAGUCAACGUGGUGUUGCAGCGGAAUGGUAGCAGGUCUACGCUUAUUGUGUGGCGGUUUCAUACGUCCACUAAUGACACAUCUAAGAAUGCAACGUGGUGAUGAGGUGAAUCACGUGUCAGAUAAAAAUAAUUCUAGUGAGAGAGUUGAUACAAGGACUGUUAUUGAUGCAGAGUCAGGUAAGGAGUCAACCUUAGCAACUGGGUCAACUUCCUUCGUAGAUCCAUCAUUAUUAGUGGUAACUAGAGGAGAAAGAGAAGAAGUCGCAGUGCAUCCCCCAUCGCGGAUAAAAUAUAAUAAAUCUCUGCCUUAUACAAUAGAUUGUGAAAAAAAGUCGAGUGUGUUAUCUUUUGAAGAUACAUCGUAUUUUCUUAUUGGUGGUCAAAAAGCACCGCAUGGAAGUCUCAACAGCCCAUUGACAAAUGGAGCCAGCCCUAUCAACCAUCCAAUACACGUUACGGCUCUUACAACGGCAGACGUGGUGCGUGCGAUACAGAGUGAACGCAGUCCCCUCCGCAGUGUGGAUCAGCUUGUUGCCCUCCUCGAGCGCUGCGCUGAGUACCUCCCUGUGCGGGUAGAAGUUGAGAUUGAAGAAGAAGAAAUCCAAACACAUAUACAGACACAGGACUCUAGUGUGGCGGUGUGUGUGUCGGUGCUGGGCCCUCUCCGACCGGCCCCACACGCGGCGGUCCUCGCGGUGCUGGAGGACGUCCUGCUGGAGGACUGCGACCCCACCGCCCUGCGGAUCGCCGCGCUGCACGUCGCAGACAUCCCCUUCGCUGGCGACGCGGUCCCAACGGCUCCCCGCGCGGAGAGCAACGGGCACCUCGACGUCCUCCCGCCGCUGCGUCACUCCAACACAGACGAGCCGCACGCCGCCGCACGGGUUGCCGCCUUCGCCAAAAAUCUUCUUAACGGCGGUGCACACAUAAACGCGGUGCGUCUCACCCGCUGCAGCUUCACACCAAGCGAUUUAGGUCGUGGACUGCGGCUACCCGUCAUGCAUUUAAGACAGCUAAUCUUCGAGAAGUGCCCACUAACAGCAGCACAUGUGGAUGCACUGGUGCGACUCGCAAGGGCGGAGAACAAGAGAAGCAGCGGUGGGCGAGCACACCAGUGUCUUGUGGAACUCCAGGUGAGUGGUUCCCUCACAGAAGAGUCGGUGAAUGCCCUGCUCUCCUACUUUCACGAUGACUUGAUGGACACUCUGGUGUCACUUAGGGUACUCCGUCUCCCUAGUCUCUGGCUUCCUGUGGCGCGGAAGCAUCCACUUCUGGAGCAGCGACCAUUCAUCCUUGUUACAAGCACAUAA